AUGCCUACAUCGUCGUCCAUUCAGUCUUACUUCACGUCCUCACCGACCAAGAAUAGUGACGGCUUCACCGCCGAAGAAGUGCAAUCAGUGUUGCAACCAAGCGGUGUAUCUACAGUCAAUGCCUGGACUCCCACUACGGACUACGAAGAGGCUGAUCUUGGCUCUUUGGAACCUGGCCCGCGCCACCUUGCGCUAAUGGGCCGUGUCGUCAACAUGGUGAAUAUUAGUAGACCGAGCAAGCGUCACAAAGCUGCACAGGGCUACAUCAAGAUUAUGCUUGCUGAUGACACCGGCGUACUGACCGUGCGUCUCUGGUACGCGAACGCAGAAUACAAGCUGCGUCUGGGUCAGCUUGUCACAGUUUGGACGGUACACGUCUCCAACAGCUCAGAGCACAAUGCACUUGCUCCAAAUUCGGCACCGCUCUACACCUCCAUCUUUCCUGAGGGCGAACGAAACUGCCAUCUCAUGGUACACGAGAAUAGCGAUGAUGGCACACAGUUCAAACGACCCUUCAACUGUAAAGACUCUAGGGCUUUGCCUGGCCUAAUGACGCUGAGAAGCUUCACGGACGGCGGGUAUGACGUUGACGAGCCGAAGCUACUGGUGUGCGUGAAGAGUAUUGGAGCCAGGAAGCGCUAUAUCAAUCGAAAUGGCACCACCUCCGAGCUGCUCACUCUCGGCAUCUUUGACGAUACAGCUGAUGCUUCGCUGACCCUCUAUUCUGGGCUCUGCGACUCGGCCUCCAUUCUUCAACCUUCCAAGACUGUCCUACUGAUCUCCAACCCAGGUUGGCGCAUUGAGAAGACCGCCAAACUGUCACUCAACGCCAAUUCUCGCGUCGAUAUCGAUCCAGACAUUGGCGACGCGCGACGUCUGCGUACACUUGCUCAGCGCUUGACAAAGAAAGAGCACGUCAACCCUCCUUUUCCUGCAGUUGAUGUAUCGUGCUACGAAGACAGUCCUGUGCGAGCGCUCUACAACUUCGCCGAUAUCGACAGUUUUGCACGUGCAAAUCCACGUGAAGAACUGCUGGGUUACGUCUCCUGCAUCAUCACAUCGCUUAACUUCGUUAUGCCUUACAAGCGUAACAUGCUACUGAGCGCGGAGUGCUGUGGUAUUGCGGUGUUUUCGAAUGCGACCACUACUACAUGCAAGCAAUGCGACCAGGAAGUCGGGUUGAGGAUCAAUCCUAGAAUCCUCGGCCCAGUCCUCGAUGAGACCGGACAAAUUGGCAGCGGCAAGCUCGUUCUGUCGGAGCGCGCAUGGGGAGAGCUACUAGGUCGGACUGCCUCACAGCUUGUCAACACAGAUCUCGAGGUUCUGCGCUAUUUGGAGCAGCGACUGCUGUUCUUACGAGUCACGAUGGGCUUCGCAUUGAAGCUGGACGAUGAGAUCGGAAGGCUCGCAGUCUGGUGCGUGAAGAAUUGA